AUGAACUUUAUUGACACUGAUAUGGAUAUAGAUGAACUCUUCGGAGAUGGGGCGGCUUUGAACAUGACCCCCGGAGCUCUCGCGGAAGAACUGCAUCAACGAAUAGACGAGUUGAGGACUGGUAGCUGCUGCCAGCAAAUUGCAUGGUCGAAAUCUGGCAGCAUAGCAUCUGUAGCAUCGGAUGGCUACACUCUUGAAAUCCGACAUCUUCGCUCCCAUCCCGAAGACGGCACAUGGGGAUUGAGUCGCUCUAACGUCUCCAACUUUAAUUCUAGUCAGGAUGGUGGUCCAAUACGGCAUCUUGUCUGGAGCCCUACGGGAUCUGAGCUUGCGGUUAUUGACUCAGUAGGCCGAGUCACUAUACUUGCAAUGUUCGCGUCUCUGAACAAAUUGAAUAUCGUGAAAAGCUGUCACAUUGACUCUGUAGACGAUUUACAGACUGUAGUUGGUUCAUAUUGGCUACCACUAGCAGCAUAUCCUCCUGGUCGACCCACAUUUCUCAAUGGGCCUGGCAUAAAAGAGGGAUUUGGUUAUCGGUAUGAGGCUUCACAAGCGCCAGUAAUGGGUCCAUGUCAUCCAAACCACAACAAGUCUGCUUUCAUUUUUGUCACCACUAAUGGGCUCUUGAAGCUCCUUUGGCCACAAAGUAACGGGAAAUGGGGUGAUGUGCACACAGAGCUUGAGAGUAUAGUCUCUUCCGACGACUUAAUAACUCAUGCUGCUAUUUGCCCUGAUAAAAGCCAGAGUCCCCACGGAAUAUUAAUGAUAGCCUUCGCAACUGCCUCGAAGCAACUUCGCACAGCUCGUGCUUUGAUUGAUUGGAAUAUCCCAAAGACGGAAAAGUUACCGGCAUCACUUCAUACUUUGAAUCCUACGAUAAGAACUAGACAUCUCGCCGUAGCUAAUUGGGCUUCCAAAUCUCCUUCGAAUCUAUCAAGCAGCACUGAUCAGGACCUGUCAAUGACUCAACUAUCAUACCUCGAGUUUUUGCCACCAGUCGCUGAUUCAAGUACUAAAUUGACAUCGCCGAUUAUUCUAACCGUUCGCUCUUACUUACCAGAAUGUGACUCUCACUUCAAUUCUGAAGUGCAUACCGUCUUCGAUCAAUGGGAGGUACGCGAGAAGUCACAAUCACUAAAUCCUGCUUUUGAGCAGUUAGGCUUACAGCAAAGCACCACUGGAACAGCUCCCAAUACGAUAUCGGUCCUGGAAAAAAUUCAAAGUGUCCUGGUUGACAAAAUAAUAAUUGGUCUUGAAGUAAUUAAUCUAGGGAAGAUAAUAUUUCUCGCUUACAGUGAUGGAUCAGUUGAAUAUCGAGAGCGAACAAACUUUAAUGAGACAUUUAACGACAAUGACAUAAAUAAAGUAUGGCAUUUGUCGCAAAUAGGCUUUGUGUAUGCCGAAGAGGAGCCUUGCUUACAAGUAGCGCUUUCUCCGACUACAGCUUCUUUAAUAUACCUAAAUAAUCAUGGAAAGGUAAAAUGGAAUCAGCUGAAGCAUAAUCAUACUGAUGUCGCAGAUAAUGCGGAGAGAGAAAUCUACGCGGCCAGAAUCGCCGCUCUAUCUAUUUUGUGCAGUACUGCGGUCAUGCGUAACAGCAAUUAUGAUGAUCUAUUGGCUUUGGCAGUUCGAUAUUUAUCUCCUCAACUUGCAUACGACUGGCUUAUCGAGCUCGCACGCAUUUUAAAACUACAGGCGGAUUACUCCGAUGACAGUCAUCAUGACUUGCUUGUAAGGAAUAUAACAAUCCAACUAUGCCUGAGCAUCCAAAGUUCUCUCGGCUUCAAGGGAGAUUUCAAACCUCGCGAUUUUGGCGGCAAAAAUGCUUGGAUUAUUCUUCAACUACGCAAUAUUGUUGUUCUGACAACUAUGGCUGCGAACCUAGUUAUACCUGGAAGCAGCCCCAACGAAAAGAUACUUCCUCUUGAAGACCCAGAAAUAAUAACUGCCCUUACUGGAUCAGUCCGAUGGGUACUUGAUCUUUUGUCAUGGCUUAUUGAUUCGUUGUUAUCGCUUCCUCGCACUAUUCCUCCUAAUGUAAACCUCACUGAAGCUAGUAAGUUAUCGCUAUCGCAUCUUGAGGCCUAUCUCUAUUUAAGCAACGACAAUUCUCUCCAUUUACUUCUUGCGUCAACGACACGUGGAUUCUUGACUGCCAUCUGUCGGCGUCUCCAACACCUCGACUACAUAGCUGUCAAGGCUAUAAUAGUGCCUACCGUCUCAUCAGGAAAUCACACGCCAAUAUCAGACCCCUUACGUACUGCAUAUCGAGAAAUCGCUGCCCUCACAUCAAGUGCCACAGUGAGAUUAGAGAUAAUAUUAACACUUCUUCAUUCCGUGUCUUCAACUAUCAGAAAUAUUAAUGCCAAUCAUACGUCGCCUCAAGGUACCCCAGUAUCUUCAGAAAAGGUUCGAAAUUUACUCGAAAUUAAAAUGCUAUUUGGUGGACCAUUUCCCGAGAUAUUCAAAGCAGUAAUAGCGGAAUUAUACAUGGAAGAUGGCUUGCUCGAGACGUUACGAGAAGAUAUUGACGAAGGUCAAUUAUUUUUCACAGACUUUGGAAUUCUAGAAUUAGACGAGAAUGAGGUGAGUAUUAAUAAAAAGAGGCGGAUGAAUAUGACAAUGGAUUGCUUUAAAAAAAAGUGGAUCCAGAAUCCACCGGAAAGAUUAACUGAUACCUUGGGUAGUAUAGACGGAUCGGUGAUAGAUUUGGAUGCCGAAAAUUUAUGGAAGCGGCCGGCCCCACGGUGGCGAAGGUGCACAAGAUGUACAGCGGUCUCGGAAGAAAUUUCAAUGCAGCGACAAUCGGUACAGUGGUUAGUCUUGCAACAGCGGCGCUGCUUCUGCAGUGGAUACUGGUGUAUACUUGCACCAGGAGAAACAGUUGCUUAA